AGAAAGAGAGAGAGAGAGAGAGAGAGAGGGAGCGCGCACAAGCAUCAAGUCCCCGCGACCACAUCCGCCAUCGUUCCCCUGCAAGCUCCCAGUGCCGCUAUAGAAGACCAGAAAGCCGCUUUAUAAUGGACGGAACAAAGCCGGCCAUGGAGUCCAACGCGGAGGAGCCUCAAGACGAAGGACAGGAGAGCAAAGGAUGCUUUGAGUGCUGCAUCAAGUGUCUGGGUGGGGUGCCCUAUGCCUCACUGGUGGCCACCAUCCUUUGCUUCUCUGGCGUGGCCCUGUUCUGCGGCUGCGGUCACGUGGCGCUGACGGGCACGCUGACCAUGUUGGAGAACCACUUCUCCAGGAUCACCAGCGACCACGCCACCCUCACAAUGGUGAUUCAGAUCUUUCAGUACAUCAUCUAUGGCAUCGCCUCCUUCUUCUUUGUCUACGCCAUCGUCCUGCUGGCUGAGGGCUUCUACACCACCAGCGCCAUCAAGAAGGAGCUGCAGAGUGACUUCAAGACCACCGUGUGCGGCCGUUGCAUCACUGCCUUUUUUAUGUUUCUGACCUACAUCCUCACCCUGGCCUUUCUCGCCAUCUUCGGUUUCACGGCCAUCCCAGUGUUCCUGUUCUUCAACAUGUGGAACACCUGUGCUGGCAUGAGGUCACCGGACUCCAAUAUCACCUCCCCUGACACCAUCUGCGUGGACGUCAGGCAGUACGGUGUUAUUCCAUGGAACGCCACACCAGGAAAAGCUUGUGGUGCCACUUUGGGAGACAUUUGCAACACGAGUGAGUUCUACCUGUCUUACCACCUCUACAUUGUGGCGUUAGCCGGUGCCGGAGCUACUGUCAUUGCACUGAUUCACUAUCUGAUGAUCUUGUCAGCCAACUGGGCCUACCUGAAGAGUGCCGUGUCCACGCACGACUACCAGGACAUCAAGACUAAGGACGACCAGGACCUGGAGGCAGAGGCACGCUCCAAGGAGGGCCAGAACUCGUCGUCCUACUCAUAAGGAUGAGCGACCCUGCUCCAUGCACCGCACAUUUAACCCUCACACCGCCAACCGACCCCACCACACCCAGCACCCACCGGCCCCUUCUAUAAAAAAAAAUGUAAAAAAUAAAAAAACAACGCCACCCCUCGUUAUAUUUGAUAGUCCCGCAAGCUCCUGAGUCUCUCUGCUCUUCCCUUCGGCCAUGUUGGAUCACGUGGCCGUGUCCUCCCACCAGAAGGGAACAGGAUUGAGGAUCAGGAGAAAUGGCAAGCCCCCAAAGGGGCUUCAGAACGGGUCGAGCUUGCCUGCCAGGAUCAGGCUCACGCACGGUUCAUGGGUUCCGAAGCGUCUACGGGUUGUCAGGCUGCAGUGGUGCGGCCGUCAUGGCCCCGCCCUCCCCGAGCCAGCACAGCCUCUUGACACACGGCUCCCCGCGGCCAAAAUAAACAUUGUUUACUGUCGGUGCCCUCCACGGGGGAACCCAGCGAACAACUUCCUCUUUUUUUGAUGUUUUAUAUGCAUAUAUAUAUAUAUGUAUAUGAAUAUGAAUAUACUGUGUGAAUGUGUACGAAUGUUGUUGUUUUUUAAUACUCUGAAAAGUAUGCCAGGUACUAUUAAGAUCUUUCAUGUUUUCAUUUUUUUCCCUUUGCUUCCUUUCCUUUGACUCUACAUUCCUGGUAUUUAAAAGUUUGUUGCCGUACAAGAACCUACAGAGAUGGCAAUGAAAAAGCGAUCUCAAAGUGUUACAUGCAUGAUUUGGCAUUUUGGGAAACGCUUACCUGUGCAUACAUUUCUUAAUUUAGGAUAUUCAGUUGCUAAAAUGAUUUCUUUACAAAAACGCUUGUAGUGUCUUAAGAGUCUAUAAUAAUGACAUAAAUAGUAUUUAUCUUUGCACAAACAUUGGAAAAACAUACAAAAUGACAUCAAAUUAAAUUUUCAGGUGGUCCUUGGGUUAUGAACAAGGACUUACUCUGCCAAAAUUCUGUCAAAAAGACAUAGUUGAUCAACCCCCUCCCCGGCAUCUGUACAACAUCCAGGUAGACGUUUCAAUACGAUGUUUAUCCUUGAUGAUUGUGUUUACGGACCAAAAUUACGAGCGCACGUUCGGCACAUGCUAACAUAAAACGGAGGACCACCCAUACAACCAUAAUUCUCCGGGCAUUCAAUCAAUUGCAACUGGACUGUUCGGGUUUCGCCUCUCAUUCGAUCCAUGCUCAAAGGCCAGUCAGACUAGAUAGAAGGAGCUCUCGUCUGGGAGCCUGGUGCAAGAGCCAAUCUGCUCGGAUGAGAGGCGAAACGUCUUCUAGGACAAACCCAACAGUCCAGUUGCGAUCGAUGGAAUACCCAGAGAAUAGACUGACCUGAAUGAAUCUGCAUGAGCUCGGUUCGCUUAGUUUGCUAGUUUUCCACUUCAAUGUGUUGCUACCCACUAGGAUAAUAGCAGCAUCAACGUUUCAAACUUUGUCAUCUCUUCAAGUAAACGUUUCCCAAUAACAACUUUUUCUUUGCCAGCGAAGCCCGACACCUCAGGUAUCGAAUCAAAUUGUUGUGUCUUUUAGCAUGUGAAGCACUUAACCCGAACCACAUUUCUACGCAUGAAAUAUCAUUUUCUAAAAGGCUUCCUUUUAUGGGAAGGCCUCACGUGUAAAUAUUUGAAUCCCAAUUGAAUGAGAACACAAUCGGUGUUAUGCUAUGCUAUUCUAUAUCUUUUUCACAAACAUGCAAAUGUUCCCUCUGUGUGUGUUACUAACUCUGCGUUUGAUAUAACAAUUUUUACGUAACAUGCUGAUUGAUAUGUCGUGAGAGGGAUACGGUGCAGUCAUGACACGAUGGAUUGAGGUGCUUGUGAUGUAUGCAUUUAAAAAUGUGAAAGAAUUCAUUUUGAAUUAAUUGUGUAUCAGUCAGAAUAUUUUUUCUUAUUUUUGGGACGGCCAGCCAAAAUAGUGACGCUGAGCAUAUUUAUGUUUUUUUUCAUUCUCUUUAAGCCUCUCAGAUGAGCCACAUAGACUGGUUUUGGAUGUUUACACUCUCGACUAAACAAGUCAGGAAUUUCAUACAUUCAUUUUAUAAUCCAAUAUUGUUUACUAAUCAUAAUCUAUAUUGUAUAAUUGAUGAUCACUGCUUAGUCUACCCUAAAAAAGGAGAAAAAAGACCAUUUAUGAUGAGAUGAAGCAUGUCAGUAUUGUGUGCAGCUGUCUUAUUCUGUAUAAAAAAUGACUUUAUUGCCAUGUGUGUCAUGUUUGAUAAAUAUACGUGCUCUGCCGCCACAUGGAUGUAAAGGCAAACUUCAAUUUCCUGUAAGACAAUGCGUGUCAGGUUGUUGCUGUUUCCUUGUUAAUUGCAUGAAGGAGACAUGACUGUCUUUGCAGUUUUUUCAGGUGAUGUGUAGUCAAUUGUAUGACAACUUUGGUAGGCGGUGUUUUGCUCCCCGUUCCUCUGCACCCCUGCCCCUUUUCUAAAAAAAAAACAAAAAACAAAAAAAAUCCAUUGUGCUUUGAUGGCAUUGUAGUCUCUGUAGGUGUUUCCUUAUGCUUUUUGUUUUAAGUUGGAAAUAGAUUUAUGACUCCUACAUAGUGAUGAUUUUUGUAACCUUCUCUAGUAAAACCGGUAUUUUUUAUUAUCGUG